GAAGAUAAUUUGAGGGCCAAUCUAUAAAAGUAAAAUUGAUGCGUGCGUGUAAUAAAAGUGUAGAAGAGAGUGAUUGAACUCGAUUGCGCGAGUCGAUUGCUCAGAUCGCUGCUUUGGAGCUACGUCCCUUCCUCUAUUGACUAUCUUCAUCUUCAGUCGUCCUAUCCUUCUCGUGUGUGCUGCUGAAUCAGGAGCCUACAGAAUAAAGAUGAAUGUGCAGGUACAUAUGUCAGGACAAAUCUCAGGACAGGUACCUAAUCAAGCAGGCACUCAGUUGCCUGGAUUACCUCCCCAGAAUGGAAGUUCUCUCUCUAACCAUAUACAAAAUUUAGCUGGUCAGUGUAAUACACUGAAUAUGGAGCCUGAGCUAGCGAAAGCUCGCAGAUUUAUGCAAGAGAAAAUCUAUGAUUUUCUUAUGCAGCGGCAGCAGCGAACUAAUGAUAUACCACCAAAGCGGGUUCUGGAAAUUGUAAGACGCCUAGACGAGGGUCUAUUCAGAAAUGCUGCCACUAAGGAGGAGUAUUUGAACCUGGAGACUUUGGAGAAUCGUUUACAUGUUUUGAUUAAGCGUUUACCAAUGAGUACUCACAACCAACAAUAUCCGCGCCUUGUUAAUGCUCCUUCUCCUAUUGGUACAAUGAUACCAACCCCAGAUAGUGCGAAUUCAAGCGUGAUGGUUGCAUCGGCUGUAGAUACUUCCAUGAUUGCUACCGGUGGUGGUAAUAGCAUGCCAUCUGUGGCUGUCAAUACUGGAAGCUUACUACCUCCUGCUAAUGGGUCGUCUGUUGGGAUACAUGGUGGUUCUUUCAAUUCUCAAGUACCAGCGAACUUUUUGCAUGAGCAGAAUAUUCAAGAGGAAUUCCAUCAGAGAAUAGCUGUGCAAGAUGAAGCUCAGCUGAGCAGAAUAUUCAAGAGGCAUUCCAUCAGAGAAUAACUGUGCGAGAUGAAGCUCAGCGCAAUAAUUUAUCUUUGGAUAUUUGUGAAGAUUAUUAUUGACGAAAUAUGUAUUGAGACUAUAGUUGAAAUUAUGUUAUGAAAUGGAUAUUGAAUUCGGUAAUGGGAGUGUUGUUUGAUGUAAAUGAGUAGCAUGAGAGUACAAAGGAUUAAUUGUGGAUUGAUUUUAUAAAUAAACAACGUGAUGAAAUCAUUUGGAUUAUAAAA